AUGGUAAAUAAAGCUAUCGUAAAAAAUGUACUAUCUGGUGAUACUGUCAUCUUGAGAGGCAAGCCUCGUCCUAAUGGUCCUCCUGCUGAAAGACUCUUGGCAUUAUCCAACGUUCAAGCACCUAGAUUAGGAAGCACAACGAGAUCAGAUGAGCCUUUUGGUUUUGAAUCUCGAGAAUUUCUUCGAAAGCUGCUUGUAGGUAAAGAAGUUUCUUUCGUUCCUGAAUAUACCACAACAACACAGCGUGAAUACGGUAGCAUCUACUUGGCCAAUGGUGAGAAUGUCCAAGAAUUAGGUGUAAAGGCUGGUUGGUUAAAAGUACGUGAGGGCGGUAAGACGACUAGUGAAGACAAACAAGAUGUCUUGAAUCGUUUAGAGCAGUUACAGGAGGAGGCUCAGGCAGCCAAAGUGGGUAUGUGGAAUGAUGCUGAAAAGGGUACUCGUGAUAUAUUCUUUACCUUUGAAAAAGAUCCUCAUGCAUUUUUGAACAAAUAUAAGGGAAAACCCUUGAAUGCUAUUAUCGAACAAGUUCGUGAUGGAUCCACUUUCCGCGUCUUAUUGCUCUUGCCAGAUAAUACUCAACAGAUCAUCACAUUAAGCUUGUCUGGAAUUAAAGCACCUACUUGUAAACGCGACAAUGCCGAGGACGGUGUUGUCUCAGAACCCUUUGGUGAAGAAGCCAAGUACUUUGUAGAAUCUCGUUUACUUCAACGUGGCGUAAAGGUUAUUUUGGAAGGAUUAUCACAGGGUCAAACCUUUGUUGGAUCCAUCCAGCACCCUGCCGGUAACAUUGCCGAACUUUUACUUUCUCAGGGCUUGGCUAAAUGUAUUGACUGGAGCAUUACCUUGGCAACAUCUGGCCCUACUCCUUUAAGAAAUGCAGAAAAAUUGGCAAAAGAAAAGAAGCUUCGUCUUUGGCGCAAUUUUGUUGUAAAGGCGCCUACUGAGACGAAUGAGUUUGAUGCUGCCGUGAUUCGUAUUAUCAGUGGUGACAUGAUUCUUGUCAAAACGAAGAAUGGCGGAAUUGAGAAAAAGAUACAGUUUGCAAGCAUCAAACAGCCCCCUCGUGGUGCCGGUUCAACAGCCCCUACUUCCAAGAGCAAAGACGUAAAGGAAGUUGGAUACCAGUUCGAAGCAAGAGAGUAUCUGAGAAAGAAGCUGAUUGGCAAGCAGGUACAUGUUGCGAUCGAUUAUCACAAGCCUGCUCAAGAGGGAUUCGAAGCUAAGGAUUGCGCAACUGUCAUUCAGGGAAGCCAAAAUGUUGCCGAACAGCUUGUCCUUCGUGGCCUUGCUACUGUCAUUCGCCACAGAAAGGACGAUGAUAACCGUGCCCGUCAUUAUGAUCAACUGUUGCUUGCAGAAAAGAAGGCCGAGGAACAGCAAAAGGGUGUCCACAGUCCUAAGGAGCUUCCAGUAACUAGAAUCGUCGACGCUUCUGAAAGUGCUGCCAAGGCUCGUCAAUUCUUUACCUUCUUGAAACGUGCUGGUAAGCUCAGCGCCGUUGUCGAGUACGUCUCCAAUGGCUCGCGUUUGGCCCUUUGGAUUCCCAAAGAGAACUGUCGUGUCUCAUUUGUGCUCUCUGGUGUUCGUGCACCUCGUGUGGGUCGCACGCCAACUGAUAAAUCUGAACCUUUUGGUCAAGAAGCCCUGGACUAUGUCUCUCAAAAGUGUCUUCAGCAUGACGUUGAAGUUGAAAUAGAAAACGUUGACAAGGUCGGAAGUUUUGUUGGUUCAUUAUUUAUCCAAAGCGAAAACCUGGCUGUAUCCUUGCUCGAACGUGGUUUGGCUACGAUUCAUGAAUAUUCUGCAGAUGAAUCACACUAUGUCAACCAACUUUAUGGAGCUGAGCGUCAAGCCAAGAAUGAAAAACGAGGUCUAUGGGCAGAAGGCGUUAAUGAAGAGGUUGAGCAGACAAGCACAAAUACUAGUACAGGUCCCAAUCGCGAAUAUAUCGAUGUGGUUGUCUCCGAAAUACUGAGCGGUUCUCACUUUUACGUACAAAAGGUUACUGAUGAAAUUCAAAAGCUUGAAGCUUUGAUGAAGGAGUUGGAUGAAUACUAUUCUAGCCGUCCUGCAGAUCCUGCUUUCAAGCCUCGCGUUGGAGAUCUUGUCUGCGCCAAGUUUACCGAAGACGAUGGAUGGUAUAGAGCCAAGGUUCGUCGUAUCUCUCAUGAAGGUAUCGAAGUUCAUUAUAUUGACUAUGGUAACUCUGAAACCUUAUCAUCUGCUCGUGUACGUGCUCUGGCCGAUAAAUUCAAGGCAUUAAAACCUCAAGCUCAUGAAGCUGUUUUAUCCUUUGUAAAGAGUCCCGAACGAGAUCAAGAUUAUGGUAUUGAAGCUUAUGAACGAUUCCGUCAACUUACAGCCAAUAAACAGUUAGUGGCUAAUGUUGAUGCUCGUGAAGGCAACACGUUAUGUCUCACGCUCUACGAUUUCCGAAAGUCUACAAGUGCGGAAGUGAGCGUCAAUUUGGAUAUGGUUCAAGAUGGUCAGGCUUAUGUUACCCCCAAGGUACGCUAUACCCAUGGUAAUGAAACUAUCAUCAAAACACUCCAGGAAGCUCAAGAACAAGCUAUUCGACGACGACUUGGCAUGUUUGAAUAUGGCGAUAUUACGGGUGAUGAUGAUAUUCGAGAUACUUAUUACUAG